AUGAUCGAUUCGGUGAACCCUUUGCCCUUCGCGGUGGUGCGGAAGGUGGUGGAGGACGAGUUGCUGGGCGGACUUCCGCUGGAGGAGGUCUUCGAGUUCUUCGAGGAGCAGCCCCUGGGCAGCGCCUCCAUCGCCCAGGUGCACCGCGCCAGGCUGCGCACCGGCCGCGAGGUGGCCGUGAAGGUGCAGCGGCCCAACGUGGAGCGGCGCCUCAUGAGCGACAUCUCGGUGAUCAAAACCUUCUCCAUGAUCACCCGGGAGAUCUUCCCAGUGGACUACUACUUGGUGUGCUGCGAGCUGGAGGAGCAGCUCAAGGACGAGUUCGAUUUCACCGCAGAGGCCACGGGCAUGGAUCGCAUCGCAGACGCUCUGGAGCGGAAAGGCCGCCGCCCGGCGGUGCACGUGCCGCGCUCCGUGCCGGGCCUUACGUCCCGGCGGGUGCUCUGCAUGGAUUUCGUGCCCGGGGCGCCUCUCUCGCAGCUCCGGGAGGAGCUGCAGCGGCGGGGCAUUGUGAUCGAGCCCGGGUCCAUGGCCGAGCAGGUCUUCGGCCGCAAGCUGCUGACAUCCUUGACGGAAGCCUUCGGCGUGAUGGUCUUCGAGGAGGGCUUCUUCCAUGCGGAUCCUCACCCCGGCAACAUCUUUAUCAGGCCAGAUGGGUCUAUCGCACUGAUUGACUUCGGCCAGACCAAGCAGAUCAACUUCAAGUUCCGGAAGCAGGUCGCGGAGCUCAUGGUGCGAGUUUCGGAGUACACCAAGCUGAGUGACCAGGACUCAGCAGAUGCGAAGGAGUAUUUGCAAUCCCUGGGCGGGUUCGCCAAGAGCAUGGGAGUGGAGUUCCUGCCGUCGGCUGGGCCUUCCUGCGCAGGCGCGCUGGCCCUGUGGCUCUUUGACAGCAGCCGCCGGGAGCUGCCGGACGGCUAUGAGGCCAACGAGCUGUCCCCGAACUGCCCGGUGCGGGAUGUGGCAGCAUUCCCGCGCGAGUUUGUGCUCCUCUGCCGCAUGACGCUGCUCAUCCGUGGCCUUGCCAUGCGCCUGAACGUGUCCUGGUCCCUGGCGGAUGCCUGGCGGAAACCGGCGGAGCGCCUGCUGCAGGGGGAGCUGCCCGGCUGCGAGCCGCCGAAGAAGUCAAUUUGGAAACGACUUUCAGCUCUGGUGCGCCGCUGA